GCAGUUGCUACAACAACUGAAUAAUCUCAGUGUAUAUUCAGCAUUCAACAGCACUCAUAUAUUUUAAAUACUUCGGAAAAGCAGUUCCAGAAAAAAAAAAAAAUAAACGAACACACACAGCUGGAGUAUUCGUUGACUUAAAUUUUUGCCUUUUUUUUUCGUCGGUUUGAACGUUAAUAACAAUUUUAUAUUUAGUUAGUACGUGUGCUAAACUAUAUACCGGAAAAAAGCAACCAAGAAAAAAAAAUUUCCAAAAAGCAAAAGCCUUAAAUUUUCGGUAGUUUUAAUAUUGUUACAAAACCAACUCGUAUCUAAAUUGAUAUUAAAAAUCAACAAUGAACGAUUCGCAAGCUUUCAAUCAAAACAAUGCCGAGGCAAUGUCAAUGAAGAACAGCUCCGAUAUGGGCGACAAGAUCUCGGAGCCAAAAUACGAGACCAACGACCAAGCAUCGAAUUGCUCACGCAAUCCCAUAACCGGCAUGGGCUUGAAUGGAGAUGGCGUCGGUGGUCUGAAGCCCAAAAUAGCCAAGAACCGAGCUGGCAAUCCGGUUACAGGCGAGGGCUACAAAUCUGGUCACACCGAUAUGGAAGUGCUCCGAAAAAUUAGUCGUCGACCAGGUCCAUUUUCCUAAGCAGCUCGAUCAAUUGGUUUAUUUGCCACAAGAAGACGCCCAGCAUUAGCUCCAUGUCGAGUUGCCUUUGUUUAACCACACGACGCUGUUUUCCAUUUUAAUUAUACAAUUUUGCAGCUCGAUAUUGCGACUACUCGGGUUUGUGGUUUAUUUCAAGGCUGGCUUUGUACCGUACCUGGUUCAAAGCCGCAAUUUCAGUUUACUUUUAGCCAUGAACCAAAACAGUUGCCCGAAAAGAACAGCGAAACCGAAUCAUUUUUUGUAGAAAUUUUUUUGGAAUGUCGGUAUUUUUCAAUAAUACUUUAGCUUCAAAUAAAAACAAUUUGCGGGAAAUCCAGCUUCAAACUCAAA